CUGUACCUUUCACCUCUGGUUACCGUUGCCGGGCUGCAUAUUGAGGAUUCUUUUUUUUUUUAAUUAAAUCUUUCUUUGUAGAUUUAUGUUUCUUCAAUUGUGUUGUCCGGUGAAGGUGCUUAGGGUUUAGGUUUUCUUUGUAAUUCCUAUCAAUUUUUUGUCCGAUCGGUUGUCUUUUACGGUUAAUCAGUCCUCAGAUCUAACGUUUUAGCAUAUACAUCAGAAAUGAGUCGUCCACAGGAACCCGGACGCCCUUUCUUUCCUUUUGUGAAUCCUUUCAAAAUUCUAACUCCUAAAGGUUCUAUCCUGUCUCCUGGGCUUCUUGCUCUGUUGAACAACUUUGAGCUAACACUAACUGAUAGGUUGAAGAAGUUGAUUCCAGAGGACAAUAAUGAUGUCCUUAGCUUGUCAUGGAUGAAACUAGCUAUGGAGUUGCUUUGCCAGACACACAUUGACAUAAAAUGCCUAAUAACCGAGCUUGAGCUUCCUGUAUCAAAGUGGGAUGAGAAAUGGAUAGAUGUGUACUUGGAUAUAAGUGUGAAAUUGCUUGACCUUUGCAUUGCUUUCAGCUCGGAGCUCACUCGACUCAGCCAGAGCCACCUUCUGCUUCAGUGCUUUUUGCGAAACUUGGAAUCCAACUCUCCAGAACUUUAUGUGCGGACUCGAUCUUCACUUGAGAGUUGGAGACAGCAUGCCAGCUUGAAGAACCCUAGAGUUGAAAACUGUCGGUCAAUUCUGGAUGAUCUUGUCAAGUCACUGGAUCUGCCUAAGGUUAAGAACUCAGCCAAAGGAAAGGUCUUGAUGCGUGCUAUGUAUGCUGUCAAAGUUACAACUAUAUACGUCUGCAGUGUGUUUGCUGCAGCAUUCUCUGGGUCUGCAAAGAAUCUGUUAGAUUUGGAUGUUCCUAACACAUUAGUAUGGGCAGGAGCUUUCUCUGAUGUGCAGACUACAAUAAAUGAGGAAAUUAGAAAUAUAUUUUCACAGGAAAGAGUUUCUGUCGUGAAAGAACUGGAUGUGGUUGAUGCAAAUGUUAAGAAAUUGUAUCCCAUGAUCCAAGAUGUUACGGUUACUAUUGAAAAGGAGGCGAUUAGUAAUUCGGUUUCAGAUUUGAGGAGGGCAGCAGAGAAACUUUCAGAAGGUCUCGAUCAUCUUGCGAAGGAGGUGGAUGGCUUCUUCAAAAUAAUUUUAGGUGGGCGUGAUGCAUUGCUUUGCAAUCUCAGAUCAGAUGAUGCAGUUACAGAAUCAAAGAUGGGAAAUGUUGAAGAGCAAAGCCCAAGACGAUUGUAAGAGAGUGAAAGUGUCAUGUAUAGAGUCAUUUGAGUGUCUGGUAUUGGUAGGUAGAGGUAGAAAUAUACUAUCUUGUUUGACUUACUGUAUCGUGUUGGGUGUAACUCUUAAGCUGUAUGAGAAAAUAGUAUCCGUCUGGAAAUGUAUUUGUAAUCUGGAACUUCAAUAUAUAAAAUGGUUUACAAUACUAGUUUCUAA